AGUGUCAAGGUCGCUGCAAGAGAGGACCCUCUUCUUUUAAACACCGAUGGACGUCCAAUCAAGUGUGAUAGGUUCAUGGUUCCUUAUGAAAUUUCAAGGCUGUCACCAACAUUUGUACCCUUGCUUGGGCUACCCUCUGCAUGUAUUAUGAACACAGAGCGAACAGUUUUUUCACCAGCACAAAUGGAACCAGUGGACUUAACAGUAAAUAAAAGUCGGUACUCACUUUCACCUGCAUCAUCACUUGCCAGUCUGCCCUCAUCACCUGCAAUUCCAUCAUCACCAUCAUCCACAGCUGAUAGCUACUCUUGUGUUGAUUUGAGACUGAACAAAGAUUUUAAUUCUGAUGAAGAAAUUUCUGAUCCUUUAUCUAAGUCCGAAUCACCAGCUUCGUUUUCGUUUCAAAGCAUAAAUGAAUCACCACUCUCAAGGUUCCAGAAUGAAAAGCAACCUCAUUUUCUAAAUUUGUUGCAAAAGCUGGAUCAGAUUGAAGAUCCCCUCAUGUGCAAUCCCUUGUUAAACAAGGCUAAAAUAUUUAGUGGAAGCAUGGGACUCCCCAGUAAUGUGGUAAAAGAAGGACUGGACAUUUAUUCUGAAAAUUUACGUAGAAGAAAAACGCACAAAUGUGACUUUAAAGGCUGUGAAAAAGUCUAUACAAAAAGCUCACAUUUAAAGGCUCAUAAAAGAACACAUACAGGAGAAAAGCCAUACUUAUGUACUUGGGAAGGUUGCACCUGGAAAUUUGCUCGAUCUGAUGAACUCACUCGACAUUACAGAAAACAUACUGGUCAAAAACCCUUCAAGUGCCAGCUAUGUCAGCGAUCGUUUUCUAGAUCUGAUCAUCUUUCUUUGCAUAUGAAACGUCACUAGGUCAUCUUACAAUGAAAUUGUUAAUUUUUUUGAGAGAAUAUAUUGAAGCUGUUCUGACUUCGGAAGAAGAAAGCACACCAUUACUCAUUUUCCAGACAAGAGUACAAAAGUUCACAAAUGUCAUUCCACUGAAUUUCAGCACUUAAAAUAUUUUCCUGUGACGAUCUCUGGUAUUUCAGAGUGAUAAGACUGUUAAAUGUUUUAUAUGUUGUAUUUUAGUAAAUUCAUUAAUAGAUAGUUCAGUAUUUAAGUCUAAAAAAAGUAAUGAAUAUAAAAUGCUAAUACACACCCAGAACUUUUUCAGUGGGCCAAAAAUUUUGUUUUGAAAGAUGUUCUAAUUUGUUUAAAUAUUAUUUUAUUGCAAUUAAUAAAGAAUUAAGACAACUCAAUGUUUCAUAUAUUUUUUGAAACAUUAUUUAAUUGUUCGUGAGAAAUAAUCAAUUUGCCACUACAAAUUUUAGAAUUACUUUCAUAAUUUUGGAAAUUAAGAAUUCAUACUUGAAGGACUUGGAAAUUAUUAUUUGCUGAACUACUCUGAAUUCUUAUCCUUGCAUCAAUUUCAAUUUAUUAUUAAAAAUUUAUUAUAAUGCUUGCAUGAUUUUUUUUAAUUCUUAAAUAUGAUAUCAAUCUGCAGGAUUCUAUACCAUUAUUAUAUCUGGUUUUAAAACCAAAUAUUAAAAAAAAUUUCCUUUAAUUUGUUUAAGUACAUGAUUAUAUUGUGUUAUAAAACCAAGCAUUAAAAAUAUUUUCUUUAAGUUAUUCCUAUAAUGAUUUAUUUAUUAUUUUUUAAAUAAUUUUUAUCUGAAAUGAGCUAUUAUUAAAUGAUUAAUUGCUGUUAUUAGAUUUUACUUUAAAAUAAUAAGUUCAGUAUGAAAAAAAAAAAAAAAACUUGCAUUCAUCUAUUGCAUUACUUUUAUUUAUUAUUCCUAUUAGGGCAUUUAACAUUAUCAAUUGGUCUUUUAAAAAAAUUGAGUGAUGAUGAUGCUUUAUCCAUCUAACAUUCCUUUACCUAGAUAGAGAAGUGUUGUGUGCGAAGUCAUUGAAAUUUCAUUUUAGUUUUUUAAUAUUCAGGUUGUUUUAUUUUAUCAUCUGUGUUAUCAAUAAUAGGCCCAUUUUAUGUAUUGGCCAGUAUUCCUAAUAAACGAAUAAUGCUAUUUGCAUUGUGAUUAGGGCUUGAAACUAGAUUGAGUUUUUUCUCCCUUUAUUUGUGUGUUUGUCUGACGAAGUACAUGUUUAAGUACUGAAAUUUACUUAUUUAAUAAGAAUUCCCUUGGUAAGGUUUUACAAAGUUAUUUUCAAUUUGUUUUAGUAGACUUAAGUCAUCUUUUUUGACUGGAAUAUUUCUCAUUGUAAAUGUGUUUUAAAAAUGAUAUGUUUUUCUGUUGGUAUACACAGAAAAUACGAAGAGAAUAUUUGUUUUUGUGGCAAGAAUAUAUUUUGUGAUAGUGUUUUUGUGUGUCUUAAGUGUUAUAUAAGGAAAACUUUCUAGAUUAUUUAUGUUUAUUGUGAAAGAAUUUUAUUUUUUGUAAAUACUGAUAAGCUGCAAUUCAUAGUUUCUGUUUCUAUUUUAAAGCUUUGUAUUUAAAUACACUGGACUAUUUGACUUUAUUUCAGUUUAGAUAGUUGAUGUAAAUUUUUAUUUGGAUGUGGGGAGGUGAAUAAAUUUCCAAACUUGCAUUAUUUUCUGCAAUAAUUGUGAUUUUAUUUCCAUGGGGAAAAAAAAAGGAAAAUAUAAGCCUAAUAACUAUUUUCACUCUUGCUGGCAGGAUUGACAAAAAUGUGGUGUUAAAAGCAAUAGAAUUGCCAUGUAGUGAUUUAAUUAAGACCACUGCAAAAUAAAAUGGCAUAACCUGAUAUAGCUGUAAAAAAUAGAUUAUCUGAAAUAAUUUGUGUUGAAAUAAAAUGAAUCUAUGAUCCAACUGAGAUUAACUGCAUCAUUUGAUGUUUUUGUUUCAACUUCAAAAAGUGAAAACAAAAGUUUUUUUUUUUUCUUUUUAAAUUUCUCUAGAUGAUAUUCUGGUUUAGAAAACAUAUUUAUUAUUCAUAAUAACUUAUCUAAAUUUUGAAUUCUAGAUCUGAAUAAAUGAUGAAAUUUUAUGUAUAUAACUAAUCUUUUACCCAGUGAUACUAUAUAUUAAAAAAGGAGAAAUAUAGAUUUUUUUUUCUACUUAUAAUGGUUAUUCGUAUUAUUGUUCUACUUCAAAUAGAAAUAUUAAUGUGCAUUCAUUAAUAUUUUUUCAAAAGAAAAUUUAAUUUUUAUAAAAUCAGCAGAUUUUCUCUCAUUAAAAGAAUUGA